UAUGUCAAGAGUUAGUAGAACUAUUUGUGCUAUAAAUCAUUGGAACCUUGUUGUUGACGUUAUUAUAUUUCUUCAAGAGAAGAUUCGUGAUCUGAGUCGUCAUGUUGUUAACUGUCCUGUUCUCGAGGCAGAAGUUAAGAGACUUCGUAUGAAUUUACAAACUUUGAAGGAGAAAUUAAAUAGUAUUAGAAGGGAACGUCAUAGAUUUGAGAUAGAACUCUAUCUACAAAGAUUUCAACUCUAUGAAUAUGAAAUAAGUUAUUUUGAUCAG